UAGUACUCCAUUUGUAAUCGCGAAUUUUUCUUUAAAACCUCUUGUAACUCACUCAUGAUUAUUUAUUAACGUCUUUGUGGCCACAGGUUUUUUAUUUUACAGACCAUGAUGAGUGACGACGAUCGCGAUAUAGACAUUGAAAGUGAUGCGGAAAAUGAUUCGGAUUCUAGGACUCAUGCAAGGAAUAACCUCGGUGGAGGUGGCUAUUACUCUCAGGCAGACAAAAGGGCACACCACAAUGCAUUAGAAAGGAAAAGAAGAGAUCACAUCAAGGACAGUUUCACAUCUCUGAGGGAAUCCGUACCUGCCCUACAAAAUGAAAAAGUGACACAGGCAAGUCGGGCGCAAAUCUUAAAAAAGGCUGCAGAGUACAUCCAGUUUAUGAGGCGGAAAAAUAACUCGCACCAGCAAGAUAUUGAUGAUUUAAAACGGCAGAACAACUUACUAGAGGCCCAAAUACGAGCAUUAGAAAAAGCACGAGCAACAGGAAACUACAUGGAUGCCCAUGAGUUGGGACUUGGCAUCAAAUCUGAGGGCAGUUCACAUGACACAGACAGUUCUGACGGGGAGGGCACCACUCGUCGCGUAAAGAAGCUCAAGAUCAAUGGUGUCAAUGUGUAAUUUCAAUCGAUCAACCCUUCGAUUUGGUUCUAUCUUAGUGAGGUUAUAAUUUUUUGGACAAUUUUCUCUUUUGCUCUUUGCCAAAAAACCCUAUUUUCAACCACAAAAGUUUUGCCAGCAUGUUUGUCGUCACAAUUUGAAGUCAAGUUGUAACCAAUUUUAAAUUUGUAUAAUAACCCUUCAUUUUGGAUGACAAAUAUGUUUUAUUUCAUUCAAUAUUCUUUGUGUGUUCUGUAGAUACUACCUGUUUUAUGAUUUGCCUCCUUGAUGCAAAUUGUCCUUAAUUGUUCUUUAUUUUUAAGUUAAUGUAAGAUGGUUUAAUUGAUAUUAAAUUUUCUUAGAUUCUUUGUUAUGCAAAAAUUUUAUGGGAGUAAAAAUCUAAUUAUUUUCAUUCUAAAUAUUUAAAAAACAAAAUAAAAUAUAUAUUUUGUUUUCUUAGCAUACCAAUUUGGUGUGUUUUUAACUUUGUGCUAGAAAAUUAAUUAUCAAUUAAGCUAAUACAUAGUUAUAAGUCUAGUCUUCUUGAACAACCUGGUUUGCUGUCUGGCUAAAAUAAUCGCUGCCUGCUGCUGUAUUUCCUGAACACUAUAAUCCGGGCGUUUUCAAGGCGAGAGUGAAUAGGCACUUGCAGGGCAGAUAUGUACCAUCUUAGACUGCAUCUCACUUAACACCAGGUGCGAUUGCGGUCAAAUACUUGCCUUGUCUAGCAUAAAAAUAAACUGCGUAACUAUCGCUACUUUUACUCAAAUGUACUGACAUAACAAAAUAGACAUAACUUCAAAAUUGAAAAAUAAACUGGGAGACUUGUUCAA